AUGCCAAGACUUUUCUGAGGUCCGUGGAAUAAGUGUUAGAUAACUAAUAACUAAGAGGUUUCUUCUUAAUCCAAGGAUGUUGAAACUUGAAAGUGAAACUCAUGUAAGCAACUUGGAUAGAAUUUACUCCUGAGUAGACCUAAAAAUGAGAGGACCAGCGCAAUUGGCUUCAGAUAUUCCGCCCCAAAUGGUACGACAAUUUUGAGAACAAGGGAAGGGAGAAUUAUUUCGAGAGAAUGGCCUUUGAUCAAAACUACCACAGGAUGAAAAAUUUAUACCGUAUAAGAAAAUGCAUCUUUCUAAAGAAAAAAUAUCAUGAGAAGAGAUGGGAGCAUGACUUGACGGGUGGAUGGGAAGAGAUGUAUCAUGAGAACGAUGAAUUCAUUGAUCUUCUCGGAUCCUUCCAACAGGAUGUUGAGUUCAUUCUCCGCCUCGGUAUACGCUGUGAUUCAAGAUUUGCAGCAGUCUUGGAACCUGUUCUAGUGAACCCAACAAAACCGAAAGAGUUCCGUGGUGACCCAACAAUACCGGAAGAGUUCGGUGGUGACCGGUGGAGACGCCUCGAAGAUAAGUGGUAUUGUCAAAAUUGGCAGCAGUUUUGCUCUUUUCUUGCUCAAUUGGAGCAUGGAUUGCCCCCCAGCGAAUUGGCUGGGGCGAUCUCCAAUUUAAGAAGAAUCUUAAAGAGUUAUAGGCAAAAAUUCAGUGAAUUGUAUGUUGAGAUGCCGGACUUUUUAUUCAAAAGGUACGGCUAUUGCAGCGAGGGUCGUAAUUCGUAUGUAGAUAGCCUUUUAAAAUCCAAUUCUGCCUUGAGAGAUGAAUUCAUGGAACUCUUCAAUUUUCUCUUAAAAAACCUUGAGGAUAUUGUCAUCUGGGGCGAAGCUUGUGAUUCAAGACUUGCAAAAUUGUUGGAACCGCUUCAAGAGAAGCUAGUGUUCCUUAGAACUUUCAUUCUCUUUGCCAGUUUGCAAGGCAAGCCCAAGAGGAAACUCUUGGAGCAGUGUGCAGUUGUGGCUUUAUCUGCAGCACAUCUUUGUUACAUUUGCUGGUUUUUCAGAUAUGACUAUCAAGAGCUCAACUGGAUGGACACAAAGAUUUCUGAAUUAACAGACAAGAUCAUGCGUGUUGAUCACCGAGCCCAUCUCGCAUAUAUUUGCGUCCUUGAAUCUGGAACAACUUCCCCCACUCUGUCUGCCAAGAAGGAUGUGAUUAUAGUGGCUGAAUUUGUUGAUUCUCUCCUAGGUCAUCUUGGGGAGUUACUACUAAAUUGUCCUGCCUAUUUUGUGGUAUCUUUGAAGCAUCAAUUGCGGAUGCUUUUUGAGGGACUGCGAUUUUUGAGAAACAUUCUCAAUAAGGAGAAGUACGAUGGGAUAGAGGGAAAAAUCAAGGAUCUUAUUGGAGCUGUGGUCAAUGACGCUGGGAUUGUAAUUUUUUCACUUUAUCAGAAUGACCUUCAAAAAGCUUCAGCUGAGGAAAUAGAUGUUAAGCUCUUUUGUUUGCUGGGGAGGAUAAGCACUAUCAAGGCAGCUGUUGACGAAAGCUAUCCUGUAGUGCCAAGGUUCAACUUCCCUACUACUAAUGUGCUGGGGAUUAUCGAUCUUCUCCAAGAAAAGCUGAAGGAACUGGCAACUUGUAAAGUUGAUCCUAUACUUACUUUUGCAAAGGAUAGAGUUCAUUUCUUAAGGCUAUACUUAAAGAAUGCCACGGAGCAGCACAGCCAGGAUGCAAAGCUCCAACCACAAACAAUCCAAGAAGAUUUGUCAUUCUUGAAAUCAUUCUUGGAAAAUAAUUUGGAGCAGCACGUAGAUAAGGAAAAGCUUCAACUUCAAACAGUGCAAGAUGGUCUUGUAUUCUUAAGAUCAUUCUUGGAAAACAACAGGGAUCAAAGCAACCACCCUGAAGAGCUCCAAGCUCUUAGUUGUCAUGUUGUGGAAGUGGCAUACAAGGCAGUGUUUGUUAUUGACUCCUUAAUUGUUGGAGAUAUAUCAUAUUAUUCUCUUAUGCUAUUUGAUGAUGUCACAGCAGAAAUUAAGCUUCUUAAAACUAAGACAGGGGAGAUUGACAGCAUCGAAGCCCAAAAACCUACCGAUGGUUUGAGGGAUGUGCCAUCGCAAGGAAGGAAGUGGAGUGGAGUAUUUCACCAGGUGCCAUCACAGGGUAGUAUCUCAACAAUCAAUAAAGCUGUGGUAGAUCUGAAAGAUCAGGAGCAAACAAUUAUUGGUCAACUUAUAGGAGGAUCGUUGCAGUUGGACAUCAUUUCCAUUGUGGGAAUGCCUGGACUAGGCAAGACGUUUCUGGCAGAUAGAGUUUACCGUGACCCGUCAAUUACAUCUCACUUCCAUAUUCUUGCAUGGUGUUGUAUCUCUCAAGUAUAUUGCAAAAAAGAUCUGUUGCUUGGGAUCUUGGCAUGCAUUGAUCCAAAAGCUCAAUAUUCGGAGUUUGAUGAAGAUGAUUUGGCUCACAAGCUUUGCAAACACUUGAGGAAACAGAAGUAUCUUAUAGUUUUGGAUGACAUUUGGGACACUGAGGCAUGGAAUGCUUUGAAAAUAUCUUUCCCGGAUGAUACCAACGGAAGCAGAAUUCUCUUAACAAGUCGACAUCAUGGGAUUAUUGGUGAAUCUCACCAUCUUCGGCCACUUGAUGAAGAAGAAAGCUGGGAGUUACUACAGAAGAAGCUGUCAAUUACCAUAGAAGGUGGCUAUCCUGUAGAGCUAAGUGUUCUUGGGAGGCAAAUAGCAAAAAACUGUAAUGGACUGCCUCUAUCAAUCGUCAUCAUAUCUGGAAUUCUUGGGACUCUAGAUCAAGGUCGUUGGGAAGAGGUAGCAGAAAGGCUAGACUCAAACAGCAAGAUUGGUGCCACAGAACAAUGCAAGAGCAUAUUAGAGUUGAGUUACGAGCAUCUGCCUUACCAUUUGAAGCCAUGCCUUCUUUACUUCAGUGCAUUUAGAGAAGACCAAGAAAUUUCUGUAAAGAGGUUGAUGUUGCUGUGGAUGGCUGAAGGAUUUGUGCGAAAGAAGGAAUCAGAGAGCCUUGAAAAAUUAGCAGAAGGCUAUUUAAUAGCUCUAAUCAACAAAAGCUUGGUUAUGGAGGGGCAACAAAGAUCCAUUGGCGGGGUGAAGACGUGUCACAUUCAUGAUUUGUUGCAUGUCUUUUGUUUGGGAAAAGCUGAAGAUCAAAAUUUUCUACAUUUGAUACGAGGAUGUGAUGGAUUUCUUAAUUUUGAUGAACCACACUACCCAUAUCGGUUAUCUAUUCACUCUCAGCCAAAGCAUUUUGUGAAGUCAAAGAUAUUUUGUCCCCAUGUACGCUCUCUAUUACAUUCUUCUCAUGGUAUUGGGGGCCGUGGAGUAUCACACAACUCAUCCUUUGUUUGUCACCUGAAACUUCUUCAAGUGUUGGAUUUGGAACAAAUUAGUCUUGGUUUUACUUUCCUAUGUGAAUUAGGGUUGCUCAUUCAGUUGAGGUACUUGGCUGUUUCGGGUUGGAUCAAAUACAUCCCACCCUCGCUGGAAAACCUCUCGAAUUUGGAAACGUUUUCUGUGACAACAUAUUAUUCUGAUUUUGUUCUUUCAUCGUUGGAAGAUAUUUUUUGGAAAUUGCAGAAAUUGAGGCAUCUACAAGUACGUGGUGCUUUGAUUGAUCUUAGGUUGGCAAAGGAAAAUCCUGAAAGCUCCUGUAUGUUAUACAAUUUACACACGUUUUCCACUCCAAAGCUUUAUCUUGGGCAAAGCAUGGAAAAGAUGAUGAUGAAGUUUCCAAAUAUCCGCAGACUGAAAUGCUGUCUGCUACAGUCAGAGGAAUCUUCUAGUGAGGGCACAAGGAUCGUGGCAAUGGACUCUCUGAGUCAGUUAGAAUCACUAAAGCUGCUACUGGGUAAAGUUACUGCAAAUUGUAUUGAAUUUCAUCUCCCCUUGAAUCUGAAAAAGUUGACACUGGAGGACUUCUCAUGGAGUAUAAUUUGCACAAUCAGAAAGCUACCCAAUCUUGAGGCUCUCAAAUUAAUCCGGCAAGCAGAUGGGGAAGAGGAAUGGGACAUGGGAGACAUUGAAUACAUGGAAGAAGAGGAAAUCUUCCCUAAACUCAAGUUCUUGAAAUUGGAAUCCUUGACGAUGGUCAGGUGGAUGGGCACAGGAGUGCAUUUUCCCAGUCUUGAGAGAUUAAUUUUGGAGGGUUGCGCGGAAUUGGAAGAGCUCCCUUCUUGUUUACAGGAUACUUUUACUCUUCAAUUGAUUGAGGUGCAUAUGUGUCUAUACUCUGCUGGAGAUGUAGUUCGGGGCAUUAAGAAACAACAGAUGGAUUAUGGAAACAUGGAUCUGAAAAUCCUUAUCUCGGAAGAAGUUGACGAGUCUUGUUCAUGGUCAGAUGGAGAUUCAGACGGAUGGUUACCAGAAGAAAUUGAGGAGUCUUCUUCAUCGUCGGAAAUUCACACAGAUGGUCAGGCUAACGAUCAUCUGCCAUAAGCGUUGUUAUCUUCUGUAUGGUUCUGUUUACAUUGAUGUCAUAUUUGUCAUUGUAACGCAUAAAUAAGUUGCUAUGUAUUAAUGACAAAUUAAUGUACUAUUUGAUUAAAUUGAUUGUUCAAAUAUUGAGGAUGGAUAUACUUAUGUUUUGUUCCAGA